UGGUGACCUUAACCCGUGUCUUCUUGCGAAGGUCGCCGAUUGAGUCUUACCGGUCUCCACACUAAAAGAGUAAUUACAUUUAAUUAACUGUAUCGUAGCCUGAUAAAGUUGCUUAAAGUUUUAGAAGCCAAGAUAAAUAAUAACAGGUGAGUUGUUUGUAUAGGUAGUUUGCUUAUGAAAGUUAAUUAAUUGUUAUUGGAUUGUGAUCAACACUACAGUACAGCGUUCCAGACAGUUGUGUUUAUUUUCAGUUGAGUUAGCCACUUUUACUUCUAGUUCUUCUACUUCUAAUACUUCUAUCAUACCAUUUAUUGAAAAAAAAGGAGCAAAUCAGCCAAUUGCCAAAACCCAAAUAAUCUUAAAUAUUUGAAAUGUAGUUCUGAAUUUAUUUAGAUAAAUGAAUAAUUAUUAAUGAGCCUCAUAUAGCAUACUAAUAAUAAUACAGUCAUACAUUGGCGUCUCGUAUAAUACGGGAAAAGGGGGUUGGGGGGCUGACCCUGGUCCCUUAAGAUUAAGUGGCUAAUCGGUCCCGAUAAUCUUGAUAAUCAAACUUUUUUCAGUAACUUAAAAGAAAUACAGAAAUACUAAAACCAUGGUAGGUACUCCAAUACUGGACUACGCCCAUGGAUAUCGAAUUACUGCACCUCUGUCAGAAGCGUUUCCCUAGUAAAGUGGUUCUUAACCAGGGGUGAAAGCAUCACUAUGGUGCGGAAGACCCAGAAAAUGGUAUUUGCUUCCUUUGAUAAUUGUUGUUGCCUUUAAAAAAAAAUUUUCCAUUGCAUUUUGAUUAUCGGCUGUAAAUGUUGUCCUGUUAAAUAUGGUUUGCUCCUUAUUUGUAUUGUUUCUUGUCGUUUUUGGUUUUUAGAAAGUUAAUUAAAGAAAUAAAACAACAAAAACUAACUAACAGUGCUAACAGACACAUUCUGUUGAGAGUUUGAGAUUACUCUCUUAAAACCCUACCUAGUACAUUGGCAAUCAACUCUAUGUGCUGAGCUGUGCAAUUUAAUCAUUGUCUUCACUUAGGGCUCUAUGGCCUCUCCUGAAACAUCUAGUGAUUGGCAUUCAGUGAAUGACGUUAACGUGCCCUGGAAUCCACUGCACUGUUACUGUUAAUGUGAACCCCACCACCCCCCGACACCUGAUGUCACUUAUGGAUGGCCCCUUACCUAUUAAAUUUUAAUUUAGAAUACCUAACUAAUCAAUAAAAUGCUGUGUCAUAAAAUCUUUAAUUUAAACAAUACAGAUAAAUAUAAAUUACUAAAUUGAUUGAAUAUAAAUACUUUUCUAAAAAUCUAAUGAAAAUAAAUGUAUCUAUGUUAUCUCAAUUACUAGAUAAAAAGCCUGUUCUACAAACAUGGCUUCCAAAAAUUAGAGAAAAAAACAACAAAAACAAACUACGGCUACUAAGAAAGCAAGAAAAGAAAGAGAAAAAAACGAAGGAAAAAACGAAGGAAAAAAAGGAAAUAACAAGGAAAAAACACCAACAAAAUAUUCUUUAUUUCUCAUACUACUAUUGUAAACACACUCGGUUCAGACGAGACAUUUUAUCUAAAUUGUACUGGGGUCGAAUAGCCAUUUAAUCUGAAGGAACCCACUCAGUGUCCGAAUAGCCAUUUAAUCUAAAGGGACCAGGGUCCGAAUAGCCAUUUAAUCUAAAGGGACCAGGGUCCAAAUAGCCAUUUAAUCUAAAGGGACCAGGGUCCAAAUAGCCAUUUAAUCUAAAGGGACCAUUGUCAGAAUAGUUGCAACCUUUCAUUUAUUAUAUAUGUAUUUUAAAGGCUUUAUAUACACUCCCCAUACACACUCGUAUAAAUGCCUCCUAUGCUCUUAAACACUUGCUACAGAACAGAUAUAAAAACCCUUGAUGCAGUGAGAUUGGAAAAUGUUAACUGUGAUAUGGUAAAGGAUGACUACUUUACACAAUAGGCCAAGUACUAUCGAAUUGAAUUGGCCAGGCCAGGCCUAAUUACCUAAUUUUUAAUGUUAGUACUAUACUAAUUUAGUUACUUAGGCGUCUUAGCACUAUAAGUACUGCAAAAAGGCCAAUUGAAGUAUGAAUGAGACUAACUGAUGUAGGCUAGACCUAUUUGAGUAAAUUACUACCCCUAACUCAUAAAUUGUAUUUCAAAAUAAUUUUAUGUGCACAUAGAAAUAGAAGGUCUAUUGGUCUGCCGAUGCUUCACUUGGAAAAGGUGACCCUGUCGGAUGAUUUGCCAAGUUAUAUAUAUCAUACAAUGAAUUUCUUAACAAAAUUUUAAAAAAUAUGGGCCUACUACUAUUGUACUUAAUAUACUGUGACAAAUGUCUUAAGAAAUCAUGUAACUCUGCUAAAGUGAUCAGUAAUCAGUGAUGUAUUAAGACCUAGUGUCCCUAGGCAGUUGUCAACUCCUAUGUUGUUCUGCUGGAUUGGUUAGCUCGUCAUGUUCUUUCACGCGUUGUAACACGUCAGACUAUUCUUACUAGGUAUCACUGAAUAAACUCAAGUCCUUUUCAUAACAAUUAUAACUUUAAUAUCUAAUUAUAAACACAUGCAUAUAGUGCAGCUGCUAUCAGACAUAAAUAAAAUAUAUCCUACUUCUACAAAGUUCCUUUCAAGACUGCCGCAAGACUGAAAAUUACGUCAUAAUACAGUCUUGACAAUACAUCACAAUCAGCAUAAAAAUACCCCACAGAGUCAAGGUGGGAAGAGUGUUCACUAACUAAUUAAACUUUCAAACACACACCCUAAUGAACAUAAUAUUCAGUCGCAACAAUUAUCAAUGAACUCCCAUACUUGACAGUAGCAAAGAUUUUUUUCUGCCCCAAGUGGCAUAACAACAUGCAACUGCUCGAAUGGCACUUUGUGAUUUGUAUGUUUGAUUAUAAGCCUAAGAUUAUAAGUUAUGCAAUCUGUGCUUUAGUGGGAUGAACUUUUGGGAGUAACGGUUAGGGUUAGGGGUUAGGGUUAGGGAAUGAUGCUCUUUAACCAAAUUCUAUAAUGCCUACCAUCAUUGCCUACCAUCAUUUCCUAUCAUUAUUGCCUACCAUCAUUUCCUUCUAUCAGUGCCUACCAUCAUUUCCUACCAUCAUUGCCUACCAUCAUUUCCUAUCAUCAUUGCCUACCAUCAUUUCCUUCUAUCAGUGCCUACCAUCAUUUCCUUCUAUCAGUGCCUACCAUCUUUUCCUACCAUCAUUGCCUACCAUCAUUUCCUAUCAUCAUUGCCUACCAUCAUUUCCUUCUAUCAGUGCCUACCAUCUUUUCCUACCAUCAUUGCCUACCAUCAUUUCCUAUCAUCAUUGCCUACCAUCAUUUCCUUCUAUCAGUGCCUACCAUCUUUUCCUACCAUCAUUGCCUACCAUCAUUUCCUAUCAUCAUUGCCUACCAUCAUUUCCUUCUAUCAGUGCCUACCAUCAUUUCCUACCAUCAUUGCCUACCAUCAUUUCCUUCUAUCAGUGCCUACCAUCUUUUCCUACCAUCAUUGCCUUCCAUCAUUUCCUAUCAUCAUUGCCUACCAUCAUUUCCUUCUAUCAGUGCCUACCAUCUUUUCCUACCAUCAUUGCCUACCAUCAUUUCCUAUCAUCAUUGCCUACCAUCAUUUCCUAUCAUCAUUGCCUACCAUCAUUUCCUUCUAUCAGUGCCUACCAUCUUUUCCUACCAUCAUUGCCAACAUCAUUGCCUACCAUCAUUUCCUAUCAUCAUUGCCUACCAUCAUUUCCUUCUAUCAGUGCCUACCAUCUUUUCCUUCUAUCAGUGCCUACCAUCUUUUCCUACCAUCAUUGCCUACCAUCAUUUCCUAUCAUCAUUGCCUACCAUCAUUUCCUUCUAUCAGUGCCUACCACCAUCAAAAGACAACAGUCAAAAUUUUCCCUUGGAAUAUUGCAGUCUGAGGAAAAUUUUAUGACCUGUUUUGUUUCCUGUACUCCCCCACUCCUCAUUCUAUUACUCAUUAGGUAUGGAGAUGUCUGAGGUGCCCAUCAGUGUUUCCCAGACUUUUAAGUUUGGUGGACCGAUGAAAAAAUGCCCAUUUUAUUUUUACAUUAUAUUAAAUUACUAGGUUCUUGAGAAACAACUAUGUUUUAGGAAAUACAAUUAUGUUUUUUGCUGUAGGAUGACUCGUCCAAAAGUGUUGGUUACAAGGAAGGUCCACCAGGAAGCCAUCGACCUCUUAAAAGAAAAAUGUGAGCUUGACAUCUGGGACAGCGAUCAGGUCAUUCCAAGAGAUGUUCUUUUGAAGAAAGUCCAGGGUGUCAGUGCUAUCUUCUGUACCAUUAGUGAUGUUAUUGACGCUCCAGUAUUAGAUGCUGCAGGUAAAGUUCAUGUAUUUGUUGUAAUAUUUAAGAUGAUAUGCGAGGAAUUUUCUAUGAAAGUGAUGGUGUAAUGGCUUAAGAGGUGGGGGAUGUUGUAAAUGGUGGGAGUGUAAGAAUGAGACAACUUGUUCUGGUUCUAGCCAUGUCUUCAAUCUUACUUCUGGUUCUAGCCAUGUCUUCAAUCUUACUUCUGGUUCUAGCCAUGUCUUCAAUCUUACUUCUGGUUCUAGCCAUGUCUUCAAUCUUACUCUGGUUCUAGCCAUGUCUUCAAUGUUAUUUUUCAGGAACCCAGCUAAAAACUGUGGCAACCAUGUCGGUGGGAACUCAUCACAUCAGCACUUAUGAUUGUAAAAAACGUGACAUCUACGUGGCAAACACUCCGGAUGUGGCUGCUGACAGUGCCGCUGAAUUCACUGUGACGUUGCUGCUCAUGGCUGCCAGGAGAUGCCUAGAAGGUGAGGAAGUCUUAGAUGUGAACAGGGGUUGCAAUAGUACCAUAUCAUAUCAGCAGUUUUACAAUGGUAUUUUGCCAAUGACUCAUAGAUGAACACACUUCCUUAUGGCGAGUGCAAUCUUGUGUACACGUCCUAAUGCUUACACACUAUAACUACAUCAUUAAAGGACUGGACACAAAUGCACUGUAAACUGUACCAGUUGUGUGGGUAUUUUAAUUUUGAAACAAAAAUGAUGACACUGUCUUAUCAAUUCAAACACCAGGUGUGACGGCUGUGGAAAAGGGUGAGUGGGGACUGUGGAAACCCAUGUGGAUUUGUGGGACAGAAAUCGUCAACCGAACACUGGGCAUACUUGGUUUUGGCAGAGUCGGCUUUGGCGUUGCCCGCCGAAUGAAGCCGUUUGGAGUCAAGAGGAUUUUGUACAAUGACAUGGUACGUGCAUCUUUCGGAGAUGAACUCAAUGCUGAGUAUGUUGAUCAGGACACGUUAUUCAGGGAAUCUGAUUUUCUUGUCAUUUCCUGUGCCCUUAAUGGACUCACCCGAAAUCUGAUCAACAAGAAAGUCUUUGAUAAAAUGAAACCGACUGCCAUCUUGAUCAACACCUCUCGUGGUCCCGUUGUGGACACUGAUGAUUUAGUAGAGGCCCUGAAGACCGGCAAGAUCACCGCGGCUGCCGUUGAUGUCACAGAACCACAACCUCUGCCGGCAGACCACCCGCUUAUCAGCAUGCCCAAUUGCAUCAUCACCCCCCAUAUUGCGACCAACUCCACCAAAGCCAGGCUGGACAUGGCCAUUAAUACAUCAAGAAAUAUUAUGGCAGUCUUGUUCCGGUAAUUGAUUUACGCUCCAGUGAUUGUAUCUAGGCAUUAAGGAAUCUGCAUGGCUUAGAAAUUGAGUUAUUAAUAAAAUUUAGUUAUUUGAUUGUUAAAAUUAUGUGGCCCAAGUUUUUAGUGUUAAAAUUACGUGGCCAAGGUUUUUGUGCUAAAAUUAUGUGGCACAAGUUUGUGUUAAAGAAGUAAGCUUUGAAUAUAAUUUAUGUAGUGUUUUGAAAUAAUUGUGUAUUGGGUUGCUGUUAAAUGUAAGGUUAAGAUCAAACAACACAUGACUUGUCAUCUUCAAAUGUUGACAUUUAGAAGAACAAAUUUUUUUACUACGGUAUUUACUGAGUGAGAAAGAUUAUAAAAGUUAUAUAUUUUGUUUAUAUACUAAAGAUCUUGUUCGCAUUAAAAAAAAAUGUAUAUUAUUAAAUUUAAUUUACAUAUAUUUUUGUUGUUGUUAAGACAUGUCAGUUUAAUGAACUUGUAUUAGGCCACCGGUAUAUAUUUUAUUUAUUAAGUAGAUUUAUUUUUUUUGCUGCUUAUCUUCAUAAAUUUUUUUGCCUGAUAUUUUGUUGAAUGUUAAAUCAAGAGACCGUAGAAGUACAUGAAGAAUUGCUACUGUAAAUGACUUAAUAUCUUGACCAAAUCCUGUCAGAGAUGCCAGGAUCUUUCUGGCUGUAAAUAAUCUCAUCAAUUGACUCUUGGACUUGAAAAGCUUGAUUUGUUUUGAGGAAGUUGGUAAUGGUGGUACAAAAUGGGUGUUUCCCAGUGUUUCAAUUAUUAUUACUUAACUUAUUAGUAGUACGAUAUCUGCAGUUAUUUUAUACAUUCUUUAACUAGAACAAAUGUUGUAAUAAUGAUUUAUUUAGUGGACCAUUGAGAAUGUUAUCUCUGGAAUUUUAUAUGGAAUUUUACCUCUGGAAUGUAACCUCUGGAAUGUUACCUCUGAAAUGUAACCUCUGGAAUGUUACCUUUGAAAUGUUAGCUCUGGAAGAUUACCUUUGAAAUGUUAGCUCUGGAAGGUUACCUUUGAAAUGUUAGCUCUGGAAGGUUACCUUUGAAAUGUUAGCUCUGGCAGGUUACCUUUGAAAUGUUAGCUCUGGAAGAUUACCUUUGAAAGGUUAGCUCUGGAAGGUUACCUUUGAAAUGUUAGCUCUGGAAGGUUACCUUUGAAAUGUUAGC